AUGGGCUAUAAAAGGGAAAAUGAGAUAAUUUCUCAAGCUGAUCAGCCAGACACCAAAAAAUUAAAAGUUGAGGAUGAUCAAGAAACUAAUAAUAAUAAUAAAAAAGAUAAUCAUGAUUCUAUGAAGCAAGAGAGUAAAUCAAAGGGGGUGGGUGAUGUAAAAAUAGGAGAAAUCGGAGAAGAUUCAAAGAAAAAAGAAAAUGAUCAUGAGGUAAUUAACAAUAAUAAGUCAUUGGAAGACAAUAUUGUUACAACAGAAGAGGAGCCAAAGGGAACAGUAAAAUUUGAAUUUGAUGGUGUUGAAUAUAAGCUCAUUGAAAGACCAAGUGUUGUGGAGGAGAAAGAGGGUAAAAUUGAAUUCAGAGUUGUAAAUAAUGAUAAUACGAAGGAAAAUUUGAUGGUUCUUACUGGAUUAAAGAAUAUUUUUCAAAAACAGUUACCUAAGAUGCCAAAGGAAUAUAUUGCAAGGCUUGUUUAUGAUAGAAGUCAUUUGUCUAUGGCCGUAAUAAGGAAACCUUUGACAGUAGUAGGUGGAAUCACUUAUAAGCCGUUUGAUUCGAGGGGAUUUGCAGAAAUUGUGUUUUGCGCCAUUUCUUCAACUGAACAAGUACGUGGUUAUGGUGCUCAUUUAAUGAAUCAUCUAAAAGAUUAUGUACGAAACACGAGUCCUAUCAAACACUUUUUGACGUAUGCAGAUAAUUAUGCAAUUGGAUAUUUCAAAAAACAAGGUUUUACAAAAGAGGUUACUUUAGAUAAGACGAUAUGGAUGGGUUAUAUUAAAGAUUAUGAAGGUGGUACUUUGAUGCAAUGUACAAUGUUGCCAAAAAUACGGUACUUGGAUGCUCCCAAAAUUCUUUUACUACAAGAGGCAGCAUUAAGAAGAAAGAUACGAACUAUAUCGAGGUCUCAUAUCAUUAGACCUGGUUUAGAACAGUUUAGGGACUUGGAUAACAUUAAACCUGUUGACCCAAUGACGAUUCCUGGUUUAAAAGAGGCGGGGUGGACACCUGAGAUGGAUGAACUGGCUCAAAGGCCAAAGCGUGGACCACAUCAUGCUGUGAUGCAAAAUAUUUUGACUGAAUUACAAAAUCAUGCAGCAGCAUGGCCAUUUUUACAACCAGUUAACAAAGAUGAAGUACCUGAUUAUUAUGAUUUUAUUAAAGAGCCAAUGGAUUUGAGUACUAUGGAAGUGAAAUUGGACAGUAACAAAUAUGAAAAAAUGGAAGAAUUUGUUUAUGAUGUAAAAUUAAUUUGUAAUAAUUGUCGACUUUAUAAUGGUGAAAAUACAUCAUAUUUUAAAUAUGCCAAUAGAUUAGAGAAAUUUUUCAAUAAUAAAUUGAAAGAGGUACCUGAAUAUUCUCAUCUAGUAGAGUGA